AUGCAAACACCGAGUGCUAAUUCCAGCCUGGAAUCGGCCCCGCAGGCUUGUCAAUCCUGCAGGUCACGCAAGAGGAAAUGUGACAAGGCACUUCCCCGGUGUGCCUACUGCACCAACCGCGCGACCCGCUGUAGUCUCAUGCGCAGUAGAGCUGACUCUCGAGGACAAUGCAGACGAGACCAGCCUUGCGAAUAUUGGAAGCCACCGGCAACUAGUCGCUCGGCGACAACAUCCACCCCAGAGCGAGAAUGGUUUCCAUCUCCUCCGAAGGACAAGCAUUCGGAUUUCCAGACGAUUAGUUUUCCCACCAUCUUGUUCCUAGACCCAGACCUACUGCGGUAUGGCCAAGUGGAGACGCUUCAUGCAGUAGCACCCGCCACGCCACACAUUCUACAUCUCCUAGGAAAUUUAGAUGAGAUCCGUAUCACCGCGGAGAAGUUCUUCGGCCAUAUUCACCAGUGGAUGCCCUUUAUCUCGAAGAAACGGUUCUACGAUCUGUACCUGCAGCCCUCAUUUCACACCCGAUCCGAUGUAGUCCUGCUUUUACUGGCGAUGAAGCUUAUCAUGGCUUUCCCACCUGUUGGCCCGCGUAGUCCUCGCACUGCUCUGUAUCAUGCAACUAAGCAUUUCUAUGUGGUGGUUGAAGACUCGCUCUCCAUCUUAGCUCUGCAAGCAGGGCUCUUGGUCGCCUUGUAUGAGCUAGGACAUGGAAUUUAUCCAGCUGCAUUUCUGACAAUCGGAUCCUGUGCGAGAUAUGCAUAUGCUCUAGGUAUCAAUGUCAGCCCGAGAGUUUCCACUAAAAGAGUGAUCACUCUGGUGGAAGUCGAGGAACGGCGGAGAGUCUGGUGGGCUCUCGUUGUUUUGGAUCGUUUCGUGAGCAUUGGCUGUCCAGGACGGCCGUUUGCUACCCCUGAUCCGAAACUCGAUGAUCUGCUACCGGCUGAUGAUGCCGCAUGGGACAGGGGGAUCGUCAGGCCCGAUAGCUUCUCCACCCUGUCGUCUCCGAUGACCGGACAUAUGAGUAAAUUUGCCCUAGUGUGUCAGGCUGCCCGACUAUUAGGUGAAGUUCUCAACUACCUUUCCAAUCAUUAUACCAGCCGGGAUGAUAGCUGGAUGCAACUCGAUCGUACUCUAACUUCGAUGCUCACUGUUGCGUUAAACAUUGACUGCCCGGACUAUGAUCAAAUCACGUUUAUCUAUAGCGCCCUCGUUGCUCUAUAUACCCCCUGGCUAUCCUCAAAUGCGGCCGAGGAAGUCGAAAGCGACUACUCCCGGCGAGGAAGAGUCGUCCUGCAACAGAUAACGAACCAGAUCAACGCGAACCUCAUCGAGCGUCAAUGCUUCUUAGGGCGAGACCCGGAGGACAUAUCCCCUUGGGGUAUGUACUUUGGCUACCAGGUAUGUGGAGCGCAUAUGCGGUCAGGCAGAAAAUCACAACAAGAGGCCGAAGUGGUGAAGAGUCUGCGUGAGGGCUUUGUGGCGAUCAAUAUGCGGUGGGGUGUGGCGGGUGUUUAUCUUCAGCUUCUAGAGGCACAGCAGGUCAUUCGUUUAGGAACUUAG